GUUAAACAACCUGCCGCGAGCCUCUCUGAUUCGGUUGUGGGUGAUCUAUCCAUUUGUAUGACACUGCGCGAGAAAGAAAGGGAAACGGUGCAACACUGUGUGAUUCGAUUGUGCAUUGAUCUAGCUAGCCGUUUUUCUGGCGCUGCCUGGGAUAGCGGGCACGUGGCAACAACAGUCGCCUCAGAGAGAGAGAGUAAUGGCCAGUGCCGUUGCAAUGGUAGUUGGUGCAGGCGGAGCUGGUAAGGAGGGGGAGCGAGAGCGAAUCGUCGGUCGCGUGAGUCGGAAGAGAUCGAGUCGUCAUAACGCCAACGGUUACGAUCAUUCGGAGCCCUGCGCUGACGUGGAUGGGAUUGGAUCCACGCGGCAGCCGGCUGUGCGCAGGAGGUUUGAUCAUAAUCCUAAUGAGCCUCCGGCCACGGCAGGCAGUUCAUCAUCAGCUGCUUGCGGUUCUACUAUAGAUCAAUCUGAACCGGAAACAAGUGUGAAAGGGUCAGCGGCAGCUUCCUCGGCGGUGGCAACGACCGAAACGAGGACGGAGUCAUGUGCGGAAAUCGGUGGGGACCGAUGUCCCCCCGUGGAACCGAGUGCCCGCAGAUCGGAACGUCUGCCCGCAAGGGCCCGACAAGCGCCUCAGAGGCUGGAACCCUUAUCCCGGGAGGAAGAGGCCAUGUUAAGACGAGCGCUUCAGAAUUCUCUUGCUGUCACAAAAAGAGAGUCAGACACAGAUGCAAUUCGAGAUGCGCCUGUAUUUCAUCCUUCAUUAUCAGAAUUUGAAGACCCGGUGCGAUACAUAAGUAUGAUUCGUCCUGAAGCAGAAAAGUAUGGCAUUUGUAAAAUUAUUCCACCAAAUGGUUGGCGGCCGCCUUUCUGCCUUGACAUGUCGACCAGGUUUGUCACUCGACGGCAGAGGGUGCACAAGUUGCAAGAAGGAGAGGGCUUUGCUAUGGGAAAGGAAUACAGUGUUACUGAAUUCAAGCAUAUGGCGAAAAAAAUUGAAGCUGAAUGGAUAAGAAAAACUGCAAAUGGCCUGGAAGGAGAUGCCCGAGCAGCAGCUUUAGAGCGUGAGUUCUGGCGGAUUGUUGAGACAGAAACAGAGUCUAUGGAGGUAGAGUAUGGUAGUGACCUCAUGGUAGGAAGUGGCUUUCCACGAAAGCAUCCCAACAGAAAAGGUUGUAAGUUCUCUUCAAGUCCCUGGAACCUGCUAAACUUGCCACGUCUAGAAGGUUCGCUUCUGCGCUAUUUAGAUGGAAACGUGGCAGGCGUUACAGUCCCUUGGUUAUACAUUGGCAUGCUAUUCACAGCGUUCUGCUUCCACACGGAAGAUAACUAUUUAUACUCCGUUAACUAUCAUCACAUUGGGGCAACAAAGACAUGGUAUGGUAUUCCUUCAUCACAUGCGGCUGCAUUUGAGAGGGCGAUGAAGCAGGAGGUGCCCAUGCUCUUUGCCGACCAUCCUGACUUACUUCAUCAACUAGUUACAAUUGUACCGCCGUCGCACCUUCUUGCGAGAAAAGUUGGUGUGUACCGAUGUAGGCAGAAUGCAGGCGAGUUUGUGAUCACAUUUCCUCAGGCGUACCAUGCUGGCUUCAAUCAUGGGUUUAAUUGUGCAGAGGCUGUUAAUUUUGCGCCGCCAGAUUGGCUUCCUUAUGGUGCCAAAGCGCCAACCGCCCAGAUGGAGAAGAGGUGCUGCGAUGAAGCCUUCAGCAUCGAUGAACACUCUGACAAAAGCUGGCAGUUACCACUGAUGAAGCCCUGACAACUCCAGAGGGGAGAUGGGCAACAGUGGUCCACCCACGAAUACUCAAUGAAGAGCCUCAGCAUAG